AUGACCGUCGGCUCUCGACUGGACGCGCUCCUCGCGCACGUCGACGAGCAUGCUCUGCGCACGCUAGCCCUCGGCGCCGUCCCGCUCGCGGCGCUGUGGCUCUACCUCCGCCUCGUCCACCUCCCUGCCGUUGAGCGAGCGGUCCGCUUCCACUGGACCGCGCCGCCCGAGAUCAGCUCGAGUUGGUCGUCCCGCACCCUCUCCUCCCCCUCGAUCCACUCGCACAAAACCGACCCGUCCCUCCUCCCCUCGUCCCCCGACUCGCUCGCCGACCCGACCAAGUCGUACAUCACGUGCUACGCUCCCGCAUCGGCCCAGCACCUCGCGACCGUGCCGGCCCUCGACGGCGACGAGGUCCGCGACCGGGUGCGCAAGGCCGUGCACGCGCAGCGAGCGUGGCGCUCGAGCUCGUGGGCGCGCCGGCGACGAGUGCUGAGGAGCCUCCUCGAGUGGACGGUCGACAACGCCGAGGCGCUGAGCAAGGUCGCGAGCCGCGACAGCGGCAAGACGCUCGUCGACGCCGCGUUCGGCGAGAUCCUCACGACGUGCGAGAAGCUGCGGUGGUUGAUCGCCAACGCCGAGUCGGCCCUCGAACCCGACUACCGCCCGACCAACCUCGUCCUCGCGCACAAGGUGUCCAAGGUCGUGUACGAGCCUCUCGGCGUCGUCGCCGCCCUCGUCUCGUGGAACUACCCGCUGCACAACGCCCUCGGCCCGAUCGUCGCCGCACUCGCCGUCGGCGACGCCAUCGUCGUCAAGCCCUCGGAGCAGGUCGCGUGGUCGUCGCUCAUCUUCAUGGAGGCCGUCCGAGACUGCCUCACCGUGUGCGGCGAGGAUCCCGAGCUCGUCCAGAUCGCCGUGACGCUGCCCGAGAACGUCGAGGCCCUGACGGGCGACGAGCGCAUCAAGCACAUCACCUUUAUCGGCUCUGAAGAAGUCGGCAAAAAGGUCGCGCUCAAGGCGGCCGAGGUCGGCACGCCUGUCCUCCUCGAGCUCGGCGGCAAGGACCCGGCCGUGCUCUGCCCGUCCGCCGACCUCAAGUACUUUGCCGACACGUGGAUGCGAGGCGUCUUCCAGUCAGGCGGCCAGAACUGCAUCGGCACCGAGCGCUUCCUCGUCCAUUCGUCCCUGUACGACACGUUCGUGUCGACCAUGCACGAGCGCAUCUCGCGCCUCGAGCUCGGCGACGCCCUGUCGGCGACCGCUGCCGACAAGCAGAUCGACGUCGGCGCCAUGAUCUCGGACCGGCUCUUUGACGAGCUCGAGGGCCUCGUCGCGCAGGCGGUCAAGGAGGGCGCGAGGUGUCUCGUCGGCGGCAAGCGGGCCGACAAGGGCGUCGUCAGCGAGGGUCACUUCUUCGAGCCGACGCUGCUCGUCGACGUCACGCCCACGAUGGCCAUCGCGCAGCAAGAAAUCUUUGCGCCGGUCAUGACGGUCCUCAAGUACGAGUCGCUCGACGAGGCGGUCGCCAUCGCUAACGGCACGCGGUACGGCCUCGGCGCGGCUGUGUUUGGGCGCAAGCGCGACGAGUGCAGGUGGGUCAUGGAGCGGCUCGAGUGUGGCAUGGUCUGCUCGAACGACUUUGGCGUCUUCUACCUCAACCAGUCGCUCCCGUUCGGCGGCGCCAAAGCCUCGGGCAACGCCCUGCGCUUCGCCGGGCCCGAGGGCCUGCGGGGCCUGUGCAACCUCAAGGCCGUCACGGAGGACCGCCUGCACGGCUGGGUCCAGACCGGGAUCCCACCGCUCCUCGCGUACCCGAUCACGAGCGCGACGGGAGCGUGGUCGUUCGUGCAGGGGCUCAUCAGGGUGGUGUACGGGCGGGACGCGAGGCAGAGGGCGGGUGGGCUGUGGGGCCUCGUGACGGCGAGGUAGAUGGAGCGGCGGCGGCAGGGGCAACUCGCGCCUCUCUGAGCGUGCUCGGGCGCCUCGGGGCUCCUUCUC